GCCACGUCCCUGCUAAGCCUCUCCCCGGCUCCUGGACCCCUGCCACGGCUUCCUCCCCGGCAGCCCACCAGUAACUUGAGGAGGGGGAGGUCCAGGAUUCCCAGACUCCACUUCCUGGCUCCCCAGCAGUCUCCUCCCACCCCCAAGGCCCUGGCCAGCCCAGCCACGUCACCGCCUGCUCGGGACUGGGGAAGAGAGCAGGGUGCUCCAGCCGGAGCCUGGACGGCUGCCUGGAGGGGACAGGGGGAGCCCGGAGGUGACACUGGCCCACCGGAGGCUGGACGCCUCGAUGCUGAAGGGAUCCUGGGGCCGGGGCACAGGACGGUCCCGGCUCUCUCUAGGCAGGACAUUCUAGAGGAUCUGGGCGGGAGCAAAGCGGGGGAGAGCCCGGGAAAGCCUUCCAGGAGGAGAGCCGGCGGGCGGCAUCACCAUGAACCUGUUCCGAAUCCUGGGGGAUGUCUCCCACUUACUGGCCAUGAUCCUCCUCCUGGGCAAAAUCUGGAGGUCCAAGUCGUGCCGAGGAAUCUCGGGAAAGAGCCAGGUCCUGUUUGCCCUUGUCUUCACCACUCGCUACCUAGACCUAUUCACCAACUUCAUCUCUCUCUACAACACGGUGAUGAAGGUGAUUUUCCUGCUCUGCUCCUAUGUCACUGUAUACAUGAUUUACUGGAGAUUUUGGAAAUCGUUUGACAGUGAGAAUGACACGUUUCGCCUAGAGUUUCUCUUGGUCCCGGUCACCGGUCUCUCCUUCCUGGAGAAUUACAGUUUCACCCCCCUGGAGAUCCUCUGGACCUUCUCUAUCUACCUGGAGUCCGUGGCCAUCCUGCCCCAGCUCUUCAUGAUCAGCAGGACGGGGGAGGCAGAGACCAUUACCACUCACUACCUUUUCUUUCUGGGGCUCUAUCGAGCUCUUUAUCUGGCCAACUGGAUCUGGCGGUACCACACAGAAAAUUUCUAUGACCAAAUCGCAGUGGUGUCUGGGGUGGUACAAACCAUCUUCUACUGUGACUUCUUCUACCUGUAUGUGACCAAAGUCCUUAAAGGAAAGAAGUUAAGUCUCCCAAUGCCAGUGUGAAGACCCAACUGAAAGGCCACCGGUUUCCUGACCACCAGCUCUUGAAGUCACUCACUGUGGUGCUGCUUUCAUAACAAGUGGACUUUGCUGAAGGGACAUCCUAUCCUCUCCCCUCCAUUCACAUCUAGUAUUCUACAAAUGAAGGGUGGAACAAUCCCUGGGGCUAAAGUGUGCAAUCCUUUAACAGGCAUCCCUCAAAUUGGGAUUGUCAUUGUUUUCUAAAAUCAUAUUCUCUCCUAACGUGGAAAAGUCACCCCAUAUCAAGUAGGUCCUAACCUCCUGGGGAAAACUCCCCCAAAAGAGGUUACACUAGGUCUUACUAUAUAUUAAAAUUGCCACAGAGAUCUCGUCAAAUUGGAAGUGAAAUGUGAAAACGGUGACCUAGAAUUGUUAUUUACCUUUCUAUUCCUUUACAUACAUCUUGAGGGGGAAAUGUGCUCUAUCUCCCUGAGCCUUUUAAUAUUACUCCUAUGUUCUCUCUUUCCACAGUUCUAGGAUACUGACCAAGAUUACAGAUAGAAAUGAAAACCAUUGUAGUUCACCUAAUUUCCCUGGACUUCUGCUAGGAGAAUUUUUGGUAAUAAAAAAAGUGGUGCUUUUC